UCUUGUUGCUCACCAUAAACAUACGUCAAGAGAUUUUGAUAAUUAAUAACAAUCAUCUGAUUACAAAUUUUAAAGAUAUAGGUUAGAUUAGAUAGUUGUUUAUAUAAAUUCGUUCAUAAAUAUGUGUGUAAUUGUGAAUAAUAAUAUAGUGAUUUACCUCUGAUAUGUUUAAUUCUAUUUUCUGAAUACAAAUAAUUUGAAUACUAUAACUUUCGAUCGUUGCCGAGAGCUAACCAAAUAAUAAUGACUGAAAACAUCGUUGAAUGGAAAACAUCAAUACCCUGCCAUAACAUUGCGAUUAGGUCACCCCUUAUUCCAGUUAAUGAACAUCCAUUGAAAUCUAUAGUUACAGAAAGAUUAGCUAGAAGAAUUUUAGUACCAAUAUCUGGAAAUGAUGGAACUCCAUUUAGUAAUAACCCUAUAUCCCUAUUGGAACCUUUGACCUUAGCACUGAAACAACUUGAUCCUUUGUCCGAAUUUGCUCUCCAAGAAAUGGAUCCUUUAUCAAAAAUGGUUGCAGAGGCUAAUUAUGAACUUUCGUUACCAAAAAACAAAAGCAAAGACUCUGAAAAUAAUUUGUUCCAUCAAAUAGAACCCUGGCAUUCGAGGAGAACUUUUAUAUUGAAUAAAUACACAACUUCGGAGAAAUUAUCCAUAAUUACCAGUUUUUUGUCCGAAGGGGACAAAGUAACAGUUAAAGCUCAAAGUACAGUCGUCGAUAAAGUUCAGUAUAGAUUGAAACAAUUGGACUCAUUCGAAGAAGGGUCACAACAAAAACUGGAUCUUUCUCAAGCAGAGUAUAUUUCAAAAAUAGAUCAGCUGAACAAAGAAUUGGUGAUGGCUUGGAAUACUGAACAGAGAGUUAAAGCUCUCAAAAUAGCGAUUCAGUGCGCGAAAUUACUGGGAGAUACGGAAGUUCUGCAUUUUUAUCCCAGUAAAUUUGUUCUUAUCACAGAUAUCUUGGAUACGUUUGGGAAACUCGUUUUUGACAGGUUAAGAACGAAAUCUACUUAUGUUAAGCCUGGUUCUAUUACUCCCACAUCUCUACCGGACGAUUUUACACCAGAUAUGGUUCCCGAUACCGCCAAAGAAACCUGCCUCAAUUGGUUUUACAAAAUUGCCUCGAUAAGGGAACUAGUCCCAAGGUUAUAUAUCGAAAUAGCACUGCUGAACUCCUACCGUUUCAUAUCCACCCACGAAUGUGCCGAAAGUCUCAACAGAAUGACCAACAUGAUAAACGGAAUAGGUAACCCCCUAGUGGCGGUUUACGUUAGAUGUUACCUGUGUAAAGUUGGUAUAACGAUUUCCAACGAAAAAUCCGAUUUCGGUUUCUUAUUGGGAAACUUCACUGGAUUUCUAGAUACCUAUCAACAUCUUUUCAGCCGCAGCGUCAAAAGGGAAUUAGAUAAACAGAACAUGCCAAUUUCCAGUUACAUGACUUUAUACACCCCAGCUUUGGAUUUUAUAUUGGAAACAAUUAAUUGCGUUGUAAACGAAACUUACUUACCUAACUUACUAGCCGUAUGCAGAAAACAAAAAAACAGUUCUCUUAUUUUGAAUACGAUUAUGUCGGGGUUUAAACCGGUUUACGUAUCGGAAAGAACUUUGGAAUUUUUGGGGAUAAUAAAUGAAUGUUCAGAUGGUGGUGUACCCCUGUAUAUAUUAUUGAGAACGUUGGGAUUGUGCGUUACGAUUUCUCCUCCUCCGAUCGAACAGAGGAAGGAUAUUUUGAAUAUUGUUUGGGGGUAUAUCGGUUCGUUUACCGAACCGAAUGAGUAUGUAGCUUGCGUGGAGGCCUGGGUACCGUUUGUCGUACAAUGUUUUACGAGUAGAGAAUUGAAUUACGUAUUGGGAGACAUAAUUGAACAUUUAACACCGAACAGAAAUUUCGAAAAACACUAUAACGAAUUGAAAAUUAUUAUAUCGAAAAUUGUGGCCCAAUUUCAAGACUUUGAAAUGCUACUCAUAAUGGAUAAUUUUUUACCGAUAGUCGAUCUUUUUCAAGAAGAAUGUGUUAGAGUGGAAGUAUGUAAAAAUAUUUUAACCACAUGUAACGGUCAAUACAAAACCAACGAUCCAGUGAUAACGAACGCUCUGAUGUUUUUGUGCGGUAUUCUACACGAUUCGGUCAACGCCCUUACACCCGAAGACGAGUAUAAACAAAUAGGGGAAAUUGUUUGUAACAUUUUGAGAAAAGUUAAUUACGGAAGGGACUUUGAAAAACAAUUGAAUUUUUUCGUCGAAGCGAGAGCGGCGUUUUCCAAUAUCGAUACAAUUUUGGUCGAACUCGUACAGCAAGUCAAUACGCUGUCUGUUAAUACCAGACAGAUAGUGAAAGGAAUGCACACUAGAAAAACUGGUGAUUUUGUAAGAGCCUGCGCCGCUUAUUGUUUCAUAACAAUUCCAUCGAUAUUAUCGACAAAAGUUAGGUUAGAAUUGUAUUUAGUUUCGGCACAGGUUGCUAUAUUCAAUCAAUGUUUAGGACAAGCUGACGCGUGUUUAAAGGCUGCGUUGUCAAUAAUACCCGACUUGGAAGACUCCUCUUCGAAACCGGAAUCGUUUAUUGUAGCUUAUAUAAAAAAAUUUUUAUCGGUUCUACUCGUAGUACCGGAUAACCCCGAUAGAGGAGUGUUAGGUUUAACGAGAUCGUUAUUAAAUGUGAUAAGACAAUUAGAUUGGGAUAAACAAGCGUGCAAUUUGGGUUUAUUGUAUAUCAACGUUUUAGACCUCUUAUCGGUAUUCGCUCAAGAAGAAUAUCCAUACCACGCCGAUAAGGUUGAAUCUAACGAUGCUCUCUACGGAUCCGAUCUCAAAUUUAUAAACGAAAUUAACAAUAUGUGUUCGAUUAUUGUGAGGGAAAUAUUGAAUCUAUUGAAAGAUCUGGGUAAUUGUAGGAAACAAGUUCAGAUCGCUAUCGAAUUGUUCGUUCGAAUUGCCAUAAGAAGUGAUCUCGAUAUUAAGCAAACGAACACGUUAGCUUUGAACUUGUGGCAACUAUGUUCAAGAAGCGGUUACACUGAUAGUGAAUAUAUGGUUAAAACAAAAGAAUACUUGAAGAGAAGAAGUGAAAUUACGAAUAAUAGACAACUACAUCUUUUAGUUGAUAAAUUGGUCACUUGAAGAUUAUUUUUUUUAUAUGUAUCAAAAAAUCAAUUAAUCGAAAGUCUUUUAUCCUUUUGUAAAAAAAAAUAAAUCAUAUAAAUAAU